GCGUGGAUGAUCCAGUGUCGAUCCUUUGAUGCCGAUUUAAAUGGACGUCGAGGAUCUCUUCUGCGUCUUCACUAUUUAAACCCAAAAAUCCGCUCUUCUUCUCCAGUUGCCCACACAUUGUAAUCACUCCACUGCUCCGUACGGAGCAUCGCCACAACCAGCGGGUCCACAGGGAGAGACACCGAGGGGGGAGGGAGAGGAGUGCUCCCUAGGGUUUCCAUAACCCUUCUUGAGGGUUGAUCUUUACCAGCAUUUUCUUAGGUACAUUCAGAUAACAGGGGUGCCAAUUUUAAGAGAGAAAAAUUGCAGAAAGUUUCAUGACUGUCUUGCAAGACAAGUGGAAUGAACACUCAGCAAGGGAAAAAAUUGUCAUUUCUAUGGAUUUCCAGUAUACCUAGUAAGGUGGUGAGAUGGUGGCACAGGAGUUCAUUGUAGAUUUAAAUAGGCCUCUUGUCUUCCAGGUUGGCCACCUUGGUGAAGCUUAUCAGGAGUGGGUCCACAAGCCUAUUGUCUGCAAGGAAAGCCCUCGUUUUUUUGAGAAUGAUGUUUUAGAGUUCUUGACCCGGACAGUAUGGUGGGUUAUUCCCCUCAUUUGGCUUCCAGUUGUAUGCUGCUGUAUCUCUGUGUCUAUACGUAUGGAUCAUACACUAUCUGAGAUAGCAUUAAUGGUGGCCUUUGGCAUUUUCAUCUGGACGCUGGUGGAGUACACCAUGCACCGCUUCCUUUUCCACAUUAAAACAAAAAGCUAUUGGGGAAAUACCAUGCACUAUCUUCUUCAUGGUUGCCAUCACAAGCACCCUAUGGAUGGACUACGCCUUGUUUUCCCUCCUGCCGCAGCAGCUAUUCUACUGGUGCCUUUCUGGAACUUGGUUAAGCUUCUAGCCACUCCGUCUUCUGCGCCUGCUUUAUUUGGAGGUGGCUUACUGGGUUAUGUGAUGUAUGAUGUUACCCAUUACUACCUGCAUCAUGGUCAUCCAUCGAGAGAGGUCACUCGAAAUCUUAAGAAAUAUCACUUAAAUCACCACUUUCGUAUCCAGAAUAAGGGCUUUGGGAUUACUUCAUCUCUCUGGGACAAGGUGUUUGGAACGCUACCUCAAUCAAAAGCAGGCGAGAAAAAUGAACCAGAGGGCUAGCAUUUUAUCAUUUAUGUAAUAAGUUAUUUCAAGCACAUCUUCCCCAUUUAGCAUUUUUUUUUUUUUUUUCUUUUAGCUGAGCGUCUUCCUGGUUGAGCGUUGUAUUUUUUAGGGCGGCCUUGCACUGAUAAUUCUUUGUGCCAGAGUUGGGAAUCUCCUUUAUAUAUGCUUGAUUUGCAGGCAAA